GUACUAACGAUAUAGGUGAAUAUCGAAAAAAUAUACAAAUAUUGACUUAACAUAUAUUCAUACAAAUGUGAAAAAAAAUGCAUGAUAAAUACUGCAUAAUGGGGGCUGCCGUACUUGCCCAACCUCAUUUGCAUCUCUAUCCUAAAUAAAAGCUUACAGUUUUGUUAAGGAGUUCACCGGAAACCCUAAACCUUAGACCCGAAAAGAAAGCAGCGAUGGAGAACCACCAGGAGGAGGAGAACGGCGCGGCGAACGAAGCAGAGGCGCCGAAGGAGAAGCGGAAGGGGAAGCACGACAAGCCCAAGCCAUGGGACGACGACCCCAACAUCGACCACUGGAAAAUCGACAAGUUCGACCCUUCCUGGAACGAAGGCGGCAUGCUCGAAGUAAGCUCCUUCUCCACUCUCUUCCCUCAGUACCGCGAAAAGUACCUCCAAGAAGCAUGGCCAAUGGUCAAAUCCUCUCUCAAACAAUUCGGCGUCGCGUGCGAACUCAAUUUGGUCGAGGGUUCCAUGACCGUUUCAACCACCAGAAAGACUAGGGAUCCCUAUAUCAUCAUCAAAGCUAGGGAUCUCAUCAAGCUUUUGUCACGGAGUGUUCCUGCUCCUCAGGCGAUAAAAAUACUCGACGAUGAAAUACAAUGUGACAUUAUCAAAAUCAGCGGCAUGGUUCGCAAUAAGGUAUUCUCCAAUCAGAUUGGAGAUGUUAUACUGCGUGUUCUUCUUGCUUGCUGCCUCUGGCUUUUCUUAGAUUGUUGGGUCUCAAUUAUCAAUGCUUCUGCGAGUCCUGUAUUUGGGUUGAGUGUCUGGAUUUGAAAGGUUCGGGUUCAUAAUAGAUUGAUUAUUUGUGCAAGAGGAAUGCUAGUUUAGGGUACUUUAUUUUAGAAGGACAUGGGGCAGAGAUGGUAAGAGAAGAGAUAAAAUAUUUUGAUAAGAUUGUGAUGUGAUGGAAAGAGAUGAAAAACAUAAGAGUUGUGGAAAGUGUUGUGUGAAUAAUAUGAGGAAAAUGUUGCAUGGAUCACUCCUGUGCUAGUAAACAUCUACAGUACGUUUGGAAAACAAUCUAUUGAAAUGAAUCACUAAUCCAUUGUUUUUGUUGUUUUCACCGAUAAGCAUGUAUUAAUGGUGGUCUAAUCAGUUGCAAUUUUGAUCU